AUGAAAAUAGUAAUAAUAAUAAUAAUAGUUUUAGUUUUCAAUAAUUUUUGUUGUUUGGGACAACUAAUAAAUAAUUAUUGGAUUGGAUCAACUACUGGUCAAUUUAAUGAUUCAAGUAAUUGGUCAGCUAAUCGUGUACCUGCAGGUACAACUGAUUAUACAGUGGCAAUCAACAAGACAGAUUCUCAUGUCUAUUGUGUCAAUUAUACACCAGAAACAUUGGUACUAUUGUUUAUUGGUAAUCAAGAAAAUCAAAACAACAUUUCAUUGGUAUUGGAUAAUUGUUAUUGGAUGAGUGGUACUUUGACCAUUAGUAAUGGAGCUUCAAUCGUUUUAAAGAGACCUAGAGUGGCUGGAUACUCGGUGGAUGGUGGUCUAUUGAGACUAAUCAAUCAAGGAGCCAUAAUAAUCUACUCUGGUCUAUUUGCAAGAAACAUUGAAUCAAAUAAUGGUUUGGUUACUAUUGUUCCUCCAUUGUCUGAUGCGUCUACUAAAAUUGCUCAAAUAGAGUAUAGUUAUUUUGAUUUAUUCAACCAAUCUCUUUUAACUGUCAAUAGUGGUACACAUUUAAAUGUUGUUCGUGGCAUUACAAUCACUGGUAGUUCAUUUGUGGCCCAUCCAAAUAGUACCAUUGAAUUUCAAUCAGUUGGAUUACGACCAUACACAUUUCGUGAUGCUUCUACUCUUCAACUUGGUUCGUCCAAUCUUAAAUCCUAUCAACUUGUCAUUCAAAAUCAAUCUAAAAUGAUCAUUGACAAUACACCCAUUAGUAUUAAUAAUAAUAUUUCCAUUUCAAAUCAAUCAAUAUUGGAAUUUAAUUCAAAUAUUCAACUCUCUACAACAAAUCAAUUCGAAUUUAUUAUUAUAAACAAUUCAACUUUAAUAUUUAAAAAUCAUCCAUUAUUACAAUUUAGUAUUAACGGUAAUAAUAAUAAUAUUACAUUUAUAAUAACAAAUGAAACUAAAAUAAUAUUGGAAAAUUCAAAAUUAUUUUUAAAUAAUCAAAUCAAUCAUGGUAAUCAAAGUUUUCAAUUAAAUAAUCAAUUUGAUUUAAAUUGUAGUGGUAGUUUGACGGACUUGAUUAUUGGUAAUCAAUCGCAAUUGGGAGGUAUUGGUUAUUUAAAUGGUGGAUUUUCGAAUAUUAUCAUCCAAGAUGGAGGUUCAAUUGGUAGUUUAAAUCAAAUUACCAAUCUAACAGUCACUACUAGUUUGUCAAUCAAUGGUCAAGUUUUACUCUAUCUCACAAACUUUAAUGAUACUUCUAUUGUUAAAGUUUUAGUUGAAGAAAAUCAAUUAUUGGAUAUAUCACCUACAUCAUCAAUCACCAUUUAUAUAAACUCUAGUUUAAUUGGUCAGAAAUUAAUCAUCUUUUCAGUCAUCUCUUCUUCAUCUUUAUCUUCAUCUUCUUCUAUUGAUCAACAAUUACAAACAUUAUCAACAAUGACCAAUGUUUAUAUAUUUGACCAGGAUAUCUUGGAUUCUACCAAAUAUGAUCAUUUUACAAUCCAACGAAAUAGUUUUAUUCAAGAUGGUCAAUCAUUCAAUCAUCUAGAAUUUACUCUGUCUGACAGUGGUGAUAAAAAAGAUGAUGAAAAUUGGCCCAAAUCUAGAAUUCUAUCUCUUGUACUCCCAUUGGUUUUGGGGUCAUUAUUGAUUACUGCUGGUGCUACUAUCACCAUCCUCUAUAUUAAAAAACAAAGGGUAAAAACAACAACAAACAAAGAUAUUCCUUUACAUUAA